UAGAACACAACCUUCUCAAACUCCACCCAAAAGCUAUCUUUUUUUCCACUAAUUUUUCCGACCUCAUCACCAUGCGCCUCCUUUUUUUCAUUGCUACCAUAACCCUGUCUCUGUGUUUGGGUGUUUCCUCGGCAGUGCUUCAGCGGUUUGAACAAGCACCAAAACCCGAUGGGUCUCUUAGCUUUUUGGUGAUUGGAGAUUGGGGAAGAAAAGGAGCUUACAACCAAUCUGAAGUUGCAUUUCAGAUGGGAGUUAUUGGACAGCAAUUAAACAUAGAUUUCGUGAUUUCAACGGGCGAUAACUUUUACGACAAUGGCUUGAAAGACAUAGAUGAUCCAGCCUUUGACCAAUCAUUCACCAAAAUCUACACUGCUUCCAGCUUGCAGAAGCAAUGGUACAAUGUUUUGGGGAAUCAUGACUAUAGGGGCGAUGUUGAGGCACAGUUGAGUCCUGUCCUCAAGAAUCUUGAUAAGAGAUGGUUUUGCUUGAGAUCUUAUAUUGUCAAUGCAGAAAUUGCAGAGUUUUUCUUUGUAGAUACUACUCCGUUUGUGGACCAUUACUUUACAGAACCUGGGGAUCACGUUUAUGAUUGGAAAGGCAUAAGGCCUCGAAAACGAUACAUUUCCAACCUCCUCAAGGAUGUGGAUUCGGCUUUACAACAAUCGAACGCAAAGUGGAAGAUUGUGGUGGGUCACCAUACAAUCAGAAGUGCCGGCCAACAUGGGAAUACGGAAGAGCUUGUAAAGCAGCUUCUCCCGAUUCUGGAGGCAAACAAUAUUGAUCUUUUCAUAAAUGGACACGAUCACUGCCUACAGCACAUAAGCAGUCUUGACAGUGCAAUUCAAUUUUUGACGAGCGGUGGUGGGUCAAAGGCGUGGAGGGGUGAUGUGAAAUGGUGGAAGCCUGAAGAGAUGAAGUUGUAUUACGAUGGGCAAGGAUUCAUGUCUGUGAAGAUCACUGAAACUGAACUGGACAUAGCAUUCUACGACGUCUUUGGCAAUGUUCUACACAAAUGGAACACAUCCAAACAGCUUCACUCAUCUUUGUGAACACGUUCAAAUGCAGUUAUUAUAUAUGAAACAAAAAAGUAGUUUUGGUGACAAUAAACAUCAAUUUGUGGUGAACAUAAUUGCUGGUUUUAGUGGUUUAAUUGGCUUCCGAUUUUACACUAUUAUUCAACUGACUAAAAUCCGUGGCAUGAUAUUUACUUUCUA